AUGGCUUCCACUGCAAAUACUGAGACAGAAACCCUGCAUUCCGGCAGGCCAUUCCGGCAGACCGGUCCACCGAAUCUGUCCUCCUCCUCUUCCUCAUCAUAUUCAUGCAAUUCUUCCCUUGGAUUACUCUCUUUCAAUGAAGAUUUCACUUCAUUUUGUCCAAUUACCCCUCUCAGAUUCUCCUCAGGAGUUCCAUUUUCUUGGGAAACAAUACCUGGAAUUCCCAAGCAAGAAAGUAUCAAGAACAAAGAAUCCUUGAGGAAUCUUCUCCCAUUGCCUCCUGCUAUACAAACCAAGAAUUGCUCGAAGAAAUAUGUUCAUGAACAGAUUUUUCACAAGAAAAAGGAUCCAUUUUUUGCAGCAUUUGUUAAGUGUUCUAAGGAUGAUGACGAUCAUUAUGCAUUUGGCAGUCUUUGGAAAGGAUCAAAGAUCACAAGGGCUCUGAAUUCUUGCAAAAGAAGUUGUGCAGUUUCAGAUUCACUCGUUUAUAUUCCAAUUCGAAGAUCAAACUCAGAUUAUCUGCUCAAUUGUCGUUCAAAAUAA